AUGAGGAAGAAAAUUAUACCAAGCACUAGUAUGAAGAAUGACGCCGAAGGUGAAAAGCAGACCGCCAGGGAGAAGGACAGCCAAAAUGACAUGGACAUAGAAGGUGAGAAGGAGGCCGCCAGGAAGAAGGACAACCAAGAUGAGAAGGAUAUAGAAGGUGAGAAGGAGGCCGCCGGGGAGAAGGACAGCCAAGGUGAGAAGGACAUAGAAGGUGCAAUGAAGGCCGCCAUGGAGAAGAACAGUGAAGAUGGGAAGGACGUAGAAGGUGGGAAUGACGCCGCCGGGGAGAAGAACGACAAAGGUGACAAGGACACAGAAGCUAAGAAGGACACCGCCGGAGAGAAAGACAACAAAGGUGACAAGGACGCCUACGACAAAAAGGAUGCCGAGAAUUCGAAGGAGGCCGCCAUGGAGGAGAAUGAUGAAGGUGAGAAGGACAUUGACAAUGACAAGAAACAUGCCAACAAAGAGAAGAACACUGUCGCGGACAAGGACGAUAAGAAUGAAUCCACUGCUGAAGAUGCUACCCCGAUGAAGUGA